AUGGCGACGGACAAUGCGACAUCAGGACGCAUCUACAUUAAAGAUCUGCCAGAGACUGGUUCUGAUUAUGACGGGUGGCGCUUCACUUUGAAGAGUCACAUCUUGCGUGUAGCGCCGGACCCAGUGGCAGCCAUGGCUUACGUCAGAGAGCUUGAUGAUGAAGCGGUUUCCUUUGGCGAUUUGGCGUCAAACUUGUCAGUAGACAUGAACAAAACAGACGUGAAUGUUUUCGCAACGGUGGUUGACGUGAAUGUUUUCGCAACGGUGGUUGCCGCAUGUCAGAACGGCAAGAAAGGACUGGAGAUCCUCAAGCUGAUACAAUCACGAAGUUGUUCUGGAUUGUCGGAGCUUGACAGCUACAUGGCAUCUUUCUCGUUGUUUCGUCACCAGAUGGGUUCCGGCGAGCAUAGGCUCACGAAUGCUGGGGGCAUUGCGCUUCUGAAGCGCAAACUCAAAGACAUCAAAGAACUGGAUGCAACUUGUGCCGUUUUCUAUGCCAGCAAUUCUGUGGAUUUAGACGCCUUGAUCUAUGCCAUCAACGGAUUGAUUGCACAUCACUCGGAAGAGAUAGAAAGGCGAAAAACGCAGAAAAAGGCUGCAGCAGCCAAGGUCGCUGCUGCCGCGGCGGCUGGCGGCAAGUCUCAGGGAGGCAAGGGCAAGCACAAGCGCAAGAAAGGCAGUGACAAACCGUGUGAACAUUGCCACAAGCCCGGACACACAGCGCAAACGUGCUGGUUGAAUCCAAAAAGUUCCGCUUACAGGCCGGACUUCGCGGCCAAAAUUAAUGGCAGCAGUGCCUCUUCGUCCAAUGGUGGGCGGUCUGCGCCGCCUGGUUUGGGAGCUGCGUCCAUUGGGGCUCGGACUGGGCCUGCAGUUCCGACAGAUGUCCUCACCAAGGCGUUCUCGGAGUUCCUCACCAAGCGGUUCGGUGGUUCCGCAUGGCUUGCCGAUAUCGGGCCGAACGCACUUCAGCAGUUUGCGGGCGCAGCUUGGGCUCUGGAUUCUGGGGCCACUCAAUUCUGCAUCAUGGGCGAAAAUGCCGAUGAUGCCAUGUGGGAAACCGUGCAAAGUGCAGACUGUGAUCUCGACACAGGGGCUGGGACGGCUCGGCCAACAGCAAUGGUAGACGCCAUGGUUGGUCCGCUUCUCUCACUGUUCCGGGCGGCGUGCCACAGCAAACUUGCUGUUCGGGGUCGCGUCCGCGUUGGCCCUCUUUGCUCCGCACCGCUCGCCCGAGCCUCCGAGCGUGAAGAUGGGCCGGAGCCGGAGCACCGUGGUCGCGACCCACGCCUUGACGAAGCCAUCGCCAUUGUGUUGGCGGCCAUAAGGGCCGUGGCUGAGGCCGCGGCAAGGGCCCCGGCAAGGGCUCCGGCAAUUGGCAAAGCAGCCGCCGCUGGGGAUGAGCCAUGGCGUCUGACGAGGCCUUCUGCCGGCAGCCAACCUGAGCCGUGCCAGACAGUAGCAGGUUUUCAAUGCGCUGACCUUUUUUUGCGUGGCCGGCAAAAGCGUGACCUAGGCUCUCGAGUUCAGGAGGGCUGCGGGUCGGGGAGGGACGCCAACGUAGAGUGCCGUGUCCUUGGGCGGGCGUGCGCGUCGGAAGCGAGCCACCCGGGCCCACCGGAUGAGACUGCACAGGUAGGCAGGCAGCGUGAGCGGGCGUGGCGGGCCUUACAGGCCGUCGUGACAGGAGAAGAACCCCCAGGUCCAGAUGGGAACACCGGAGUUCGCCACGCCCACCGGCUCGCCCCUAGGCUCGCCCCGCGUGCCUGGCCCCGACGCAACAAGUGCAUGGCAAAGUCGGGGGGCGCCAACCACCCACGGGCAAGGCACACUGUCCAGUUACUACGUGCCGCUUUUGCUUCAUGCCGCGGGGCUACUGGAGGGCGAAGCAGCCCGAGCGUGGGAGUCGUUUGGUUUCGUGCCAGCCGGGCUGCCUUGGGGAACCGCCCGCGGAUGCCACUCCAGGAGCUGGAAGAAGCUGUGGCCCAGCAGGCGCGGGCAGGUGCCAGCGCCACAGAGAGGCAGAGGCAUUCCGUAGGUCGCCGUUGCCGCACUCGCUUCCCCGGACUCCUAUUUGCCAGCAAGCGCGCAAGAGGCUCUCCUUGUGUGCUAUGCGGGGAGGGGGGGGCCGCGGCGAUGGCGCAUGGGGCCGCGGCCUUCCCGCGGCCUGUUGGCGUGACAGACGACGGUGGUCUGGCUGGGCGCGACGUGGAUGCCUUGAUUGCCGGAGUCGCCGCCCGCGCGGCGCAGAUGCGAAGACGGGGAAAACGCGGUCGGGAGGCCGUGGGAGGGGACGGCGGAGUAUAA